AUGAGCAGCAGGUUUGCCCCAAAGAUCAUUAUUUUAGGAAAGAAAACCAAAGGAUGCAGCAGACCAAUUAGAGUGGUCAAGAGGGCAAUGAAUCAGGAAGCAGGACUUUUCCAGUCGCAGAGCUAUCUGAAUAUGAGAGCGCUUCAGAAAGCAACUGUGUAUCGUGGCCCUUUAAAUUCAAUGAAGCAGAAUGUGAAGAAAAAACCCCAUAACACCACCAACUUAUUCCCUUACAGGGAACUAUGGCCCAUCCCUCAGACUCGGAAAGGCCCCAGACACAAUGACAAACACACUGGCUGUUCUUAAGACAACGACAGGACUGAUGAGUGUGAAACUCGAAGAAAGGUGUGUGCAAGAGUGAAAGUGCGCAAGGGUGAACGUUGUGGGCAUAUUGUGACUGACGAAGUGGAAACUGACUGGAUGGUCAGGGCCUUUAAUGUGCACGAUCCUGAUGAGGCCAAUUAUAAUGACAUUAAUGACGUCAAAAGGCUGAAACCCAGUGACUUAGAAGGUCCUGGGGACUGCUUCAGAGGGUUCAAGUUUCCUGAUAGAAAAACAGAAAAUGAACUUGCUUUCAGUGUAGAAUUUAAGGAUAAGGACUUUGCAGUCAAAAUUAUUAAAAGCACUUAUGACCACUGGAAAGCUUUAGUGACUAAGAAAAUGGACAGAAAAGCAAUCAGCUGUGGUGUGCGGCCGAGGCUGCCGGAGCCCCAGCAGGUACCUCUGUCUGCCCAACACCAGCAGAACUGGACAAGUGGCCCUAUCACCACAAACACCAGUGUGGUUUCUCCGGAAUACAAGCUGAUGCUGCUGCAGCCUACUCACCUGGAAGCCUUGGAUGCAAACCGAGUCGCUCUUCACUAG